GGGGAAUUAGCUGUGCAAGUCAUUUAUUUGGAAUCCCAGCCCGCUUAAGGCAUUCCGCUUCAGAGGCUGGGAGGGAGCUGAUUAAAGGACCAUGACAGCGAUCAAAGAGGAGAACUUUCUACAAGAAGACCCCGAGUCAUGUGAAAUAGUUGAGGUUUCUCCAGGAGUACUGGCCAAGGAUAUUUUCUUCCAAAAUAUGUCUGAUGAAAGAUUCGCUGUUUCAGCAGGAGAUGUUUGGGAUACAGCUAGUGAAAACGAAACUCAUCAGGUCUUAGAGGAAAGUGAUACAGAGCUAGAGGUGAAUGAGAACUUUGGAAAUCAUGAUAUUCCAAAAAGCCAAGAGGAAAGCCAAAUAGGUCAAGGAAGCAGUAACUUCCAUGAAGCAAUACAAGAAAGAAAAAGAAGGAUUGAAUGCUCUACAUGUGGGAAAACCUUUGCUAGUAUACCAAACCUUAAAACACACUGGAAUAUCCACACAGGGGAGAAACCAUAUGACUGCUUGCUUUGUGGAAAGCGAUUCAAUCAAAGCUCAGCUCUCAGGGUACAUCAAAGAACCCACACAGGGGAGAAACGGUAUAAAUGUUUUGAAUGUGGAAAGAAGUUUGCUUACAGUGCAUACCUCAUUGUGCAUCAAAGAAUCCACACAGGAGAGAAACCAUAUAAAUGUCCGGAAUGUGGAAAGAGGUUUCGUACUAAGUCAAGCCUUACUGUGCAUCAAGGAACCCACACAGGAGAAAAACCCUAUACAUGUUUAGAGUGUGGAAAGCAAUUUGUUGUAAGAUCACGUCUUGUUAGACAUCAAGAAAUUCAUGUGAGGGAGCGACCCUAUCAUAUCCGCAAGCCUGGAAAUAACUUCAGCCACAGCAUACAGCGAAAAAAACAGAGAGAUAAAAAACCAUAUAAAUGUUUAGAAUGUGGAAAGAGCUUUAUUGCUAGCACAAACCUCCUUGAACAUCAAAGUACCCACACUGGUGAGAAACCAUACACAUGUUUGGAAUGUGGAAAGAGCUUUAGUCAGACAUCAAGUCUUGCUAUCCAUCGAAGAAUACACACAGGAGAGAAAUUAUAUGAAUGUACCGAAUGUGGAAAGAAGUUCACAACAAAUGCAAAUUUCAUUAAACAUCAAUUACUCCACAAAGGGGAAAAACCAUAUAAAUGUUUGGAAUGUGGAAGGAGCUUUAGUCUGAGCGAAAGGCUUACUAACCAUCAAACCACCCAUAAAGAGGUGAAACCAUUUGAAUGCCUGGAUUGUGGAAGAAGCUUCAGCCAUAGCGUAAGUCUUAGGAGACAUAAAAAUACAGAGACAGGAGAAUGUAAAAAGGGCUUCAGGCAGAUGCAAAACAAUCCAAGGUCUCAAACUAAGAAGAAACCAUAUCAAUGCCUGGAGUGUCGAAGUUGCUUCAGUCACAACUCAAACCUUGUUAGACACCAACUAAUCCACACAGGAGAGAAGCCAUUUAAAUGCCAGGAAUGUGGAUCUUGCUUCAGCCAGCACUCAAACCUUACAAGACACGUGCUUAUUCACAGUAGGCAAAAACAAUAGGCACCCUCUUACUAUGGGGAAAGCUCCUGUCCAUGAAUACAGCAUUGACUUGGGGAGCUUAUCUAAAUUUUCAGGCUGUUUCAGAUAAAUCAAAUUUAAAAUAUGAGAAUUAACAUAGAAGAUAAUAACUGUAAACACUUUAGUUUGAAAAGAACUUGGAGGAUAUAGUAUCCUCGCUUCAUACCAUGGAGACCUCACUAGAAAGAAUAGGGUGUAGUAGAGAUAUUCGCUCAUUCAGUACAUCCUCUAGGUCUUUGCAUCUCACUUGUUCCCUAUGGAAACAGCAAGCGGAUGUUUUUAACAUUUGGACAGUGAGGAAAGCUGGAUCCAAGGAUGUUUAAAAAAAACUGAUUUUGCUUCCUUGCCUAUUGAACAGUUAGUGAUAUAUAUUCAGUAAUGUAGUUAACAGAUCAACAGUUCUGUAGCCUGAACACUACUUAUCCCUAGCAACUUGUUGUUCUUUCAUUUUAUAGCACUGAAAAAAAAUCACUCAUUGUCUUGUGUAUGAUAACAACGUGCCUUGACUUGACAUAUUAUGCUACUACUUAGUAUAUGUUUGAGGCUCUUCUGGAUUUAUGGAGAUAAAUAGAAUGUUGGCAUAGAAGUGAUUAAAGAGAGAUCUCUGAAAACUGAAAAAUAUUAUAAGAAAACAUCUGUUUCUGUAGAGUUCUGCAGUAUAUAGAUAUACUAUGUAUGAUCUUGAAAUUCUGUCCUUUUUGCAUUAAAAAUAAAAUACUUAA